AUGACAGGUAAAUUAGCGGACAAGCUCCCUAUUACCAUGAGCAGUUUAAUCAACUCGAUUCCUGACAGUCUGUAUCCAGAAGAGGAUAUUCCGACUUCUAUGAACAUUUUCACUAGCACGGAUUCUAUUUCGCACUACUCACAAAUGAAUACAGAUAAUAUUAUGGAUCUGGGCAUGGGAAGCGAGAAGGGAACCUCAGAGAUCCAGUACGGCUCCAGCUUCCAGUCCAAUCGGAGCGGACAGACGGUCACCUACCUGGGCAAGUUUGCCUUUGACGCGCCGCCGUCCGGGGGCAUCAGCAGCUCCGGCUGGUGCUCAGACAACAACAUCAUCAGCCUUGUGAGCGCCGGUAUUUUGGGUGUGUCCCCGUCGCCCGGAACCAUCACCACGCAGACCUCCUCGUCGAGCAGCACCAUGGCCGGCCAAUCAUCAGACAUGGAGCAGGUGUACGCUCCGCCCCUGCCCGCCUACUCCACCUGCGGGGACAUGUACCAGGAUCAGGUGUCAUUCCACCACAGUCCUGCCACCACCACACCCCUCCCGUACCCCGGCUCCGACUAUCACACCACCACCUCCAAACCCGCCAUGGACGGCAGCCUGUUCUCCAUGAUCCCAGACUACAACCUCUUCCACCACCAGGGAGAGGUGGGGGUGAUGGAGCACAAGCCUUUUCAGUCCAUGGACCCGAUCCGGGUGAACCCUCCACCCAUCACCCCGCUGGAGACUAUCCGGGCUUUUAAAGACAAGCAGCAGAUCCACCCGGGCUUCAUCGGUGGCCAGCAGCACGUGUCCCAGCACCACCAACCUCCCCAGACUCUGACUCUGAAGCCGAUCCGACCUCGGAAGUACCCGAACCGCCCCAGCAAGACCCCGGUGCACGAGCGUCCGCACGCCUGCCCCGCGGAGAACUGCGACCGGCGUUUCUCCCGCUCGGACGAGCUGACGCGCCACCUGCGCAUCCACACGGGGCACAAGCCGUUCCAGUGCCGGAUCUGCAUGCGCUCCUUCAGUCGCAGCGACCACCUGACCACGCACAUCCGCACGCACACCGGAGAGAAGCCCUUCUCCUGUGAGUUCUGCGGGCGCAAGUUCGCCCGGAGCGACGAACGCAAGAGGCAUGCCAAGGUGCACCUCAAACAGAAGGACAAGAAGCCCACGGAAAAAGCCAGCGCGGCGGCAGGGGGAGGCUCAACCUCCCACGGUUCUCCGCCCAGCUCGUGCGGUAGCGGAGGUCCAGGCGGCGGAAACAUUCUGACUGUGACGACGUGUGCAUAA